AUGCAGUCCUACCUCCAAAACAAGCGCCUCGGCGUUUUGGUGGAAAGUUAUCUUCAACAGGCUCAGGAAGAAGUUGACCGGCGGCAGGUGACGCCAGGUUUGGAAAAAGGAGAGCAAGCGAGAAGCGAUGCCAAGGUGCCGGCUGCCAGCAUCCAGACGCCAGUUGAUAAUAACCAGCGGACUUCUGGUCAAAAAUCACUCCCCACUUCGUCGUCCCUCGUUAGGGAACUGCGUGGUGUGGUAGAGCAAACUCGAUCAUUGGCAGAUGGGUCAACCGAGCAAAUAUUACUGGUAGACUGGGAGGGGCCUGACGACCCGAUGUGUGCUCGAAACUGGAGUGUAAGCAAGCGUGCUUUGGCUACGGCUCAGAUCUCACUCAUCGGAUUUGCUGUUGGAGCAACGUCGGGGAUCGAUGCGACUAUCAUCCCACAAGCUGCAAAGGAGUUCGGUGUGAGCCAGGUUGUAGAAUCUGUUGCUAUAGGGGUGUAUUUGAUAGGGAUUGGCACUGGCUCGCUUGUCGCAGGACCUUUCUCUGAAACUUUCGGGAGAAACGCCGUAUACGUCGUGUCGAUGAUUGUAUUCAUGUGUUGGAUUUUAGGCACAGCUUUGGCUCCUAACAUUGCUGCCCAGAUCGUUUUCCGAUUUCUCGCUGGGUGUUCCUCGUCUACUCCUAUGGUUUGCUCUGGAGGAUCUGUCGCCGAUAUGUGGAACAGCUUGGAGAAGACUUGGAGUUUCCCCUACUAUACAACGCUGUCGUUUGUGGGGCCGAUGGUGGGAUCGAUCAUGGGGGCAUACAUUGGACCAUCUUCUCAUAUUCUGAGUUGGCGUUGGGCUGAAUGGGUAAUUCUCAUUCUUUCAGGUCUCGUUCUCAUCUCUGUCGUGGUUACGAUGCCUGAAACCUACGGGCCAUUGAUUCUGGAGUGGAAGGCUACCCACUACCGUCGAAUUACAGGAGAUUCGCGUUUCCGCUCCGAACAUGAGAUUGAAGACUCGACCUUGUUCAGUCGUUUGAGAGUGAGCAUGACCCGACCAUUUCUAAUGAUAACGGAACCAAUCAUCAUAGCCAUGACGAUGUACCUAUCAGUUCUCUAUAUUGUGCUCUUCACAUUUUUGGUGGGUUGGCCAUACAUUUUCGAACGCACCUAUGGUAUUGAUCAAGGUUUGGCACAUAUCAUCUUCAUCUCUAUGAUGAUAGGGACUGUGAGUCCCGCACUUUUGGUCCCAUUCGUUUACAGGAAGACGGCCAAGGUUAUAAAGCAAGCUCAAUCACAGGCCGAAGGCGGAAACAAAAAUGCGAGAUUCCAUCCCGAGAUUCGUUUGUGGUACGGCAUGCUCGGUCCUGCAGUGGCCGUCCCAGUAUCCUUAUUUUGGAUGGGUUGGACUAGCUAUUCCCACAUCAGCAUCUGGUCACCAAUCAUAGCAUCCGCCUUUUUUGGGUUUGGAGUCACGGGAAUCUUCAUUUGCGCAUACAUGUACAUCAUUGACUCCUAUGAGAGUUACUCUGCCUCAGCGCUCACUUUUGUGGCAUUGACUCGAUAUGUCAUUGCCGGAGGGAUGACUGUAGUUGGCAUCCCAUUCUACGAAAAGAUGGGCACGCACUACACGCUGACAAUUAUGGGUUCAAUUUCAGUUCUCCUCAUGCCUAUCCCCUACUUACUCUACUUCUUUGGACACCGUUUGAGAGAGAAGAUAUACCACAUUCAGCCAAGAUUCACAGGUUGGAGGCCGUUAGUAGCGUGUUGUGGAGAAGUGCCUGACAAGUAUCGAUCCAAGUUCUCCUCUGAGACCCAAAAGGCUCUCUCCUACUUCCCGAGCGACUGGCCCGAGGUUGAAUUCAUUCCCCUCAACGCCUACAUCUCAGGCUGGAUGUUCCCUCUCCUCCAGCAGCUUUUCGACGGUAAGAAGUAUACCAGUCUCACUGGUGCCCUUGUUGCUCCUCUUUCGCGUGGCAACAUCACCCUGCAGUCGGCAGACACAUCCGACUACCCUCUGAUAAACCCCAACUUCCUGGGUGAUAAGAGUGAUCAGGAAGUUGCUGUUGCCCUCUACCGCCGUCUCCGAGAGGUCGCUCGAGCGGACGUCUUGAAGAUCGUUGUUAGCGCAGAAGCCUAUCCUGGUGCUGAAUACCAAACCGACAAGGAGAUUUUAUCUGUUCUCCGCAGUGGCACGAUGACCGUGUGGUAUGCCGCCUGCACUUGCAAGAUGGGCAAGCCCACUGACAAGAUGGCCGUCAUCUACUCAAAGGCCCGUGUCUUCGGUGUCAAAGGCUUGCGAGUCGUUGAUGCUUCCGCUUUCCCCGUUCUCAUUCCCGGACACCCCCAAGGCACCCUUUGUGCCCGGGCCGAGAUGAUCGCAUAA